AUGCUGUUACAAGAAAACUAUUUACAUCAUUUUACAAGAUGCUGGAGAACAGCUAGUCGAAAAGCAUUUUGGAUCAUCGAUGUUACACCCGACGUUCUAUUUUGUUUUGAAUUUUGGUGUAGAUCAAACGAUCCAUUGAACUCUACCAUAAAGUUUGCAAUUCAUUCUCAUUAG